GGAAAACCCCAGGACAGGAGUUUGAAGUUUGUCUCUAAAUAUCUCAGAGGCCAUUGCACAAGCUGGGGCCUGGAACACUAAUUUGGCAGAAUCUUGGGGAUAAAAAGCCUGAAAAAGUCUCUCUGUUAGCGCUAAGUUUGAAUAUAUAUAUGUCAUCAGGAUUGGUAGACUAAGGUCCAGAGUGGUAACGACUUUCUUGGAAUCUCACAGCUGAGACACAGGCCUGGAAGCCAUAUCUCUCUAGGGAGACUUUAGGAUCCUGGAGUCCAGAUCCUCUGGUGCAGGUAGAGUGACCCUGUGGGUUCAGCACCUGACUCUGCCACUGAGUACGGCUGAAUUACCUUGAGAAGUUACUUAGAUUCUCCUAGUCUGUUUCUUCAACUGUAGAAGGAGGAUACUGCCUAACUUUGGGGGUUAUUUUGAAGAUUAAAAGCAGCAGAAUGCUUGGCAUAUGGUAAGUGUUCAGUGUCAGCUGGCGAUUUGGAAGAAGCAAUAGUAGGUACCCCCUUCUCGCCCCAUUUCCUCUCUCCGAGUCUCCUGCAGCUAGCUGCCUUUCACCUCUCGGACCUACCAAGUGCUGGAAUUAGCGGCUCGUGCCUGUAUUCUGUGUUUCCAUACGUGAACCAGGACCAGCCAUCACUGUCCUGUUCCGGUAGCAACGUGGACGAAAUAAGGUGUGUUUAAGUAAACGGUCUGGGGCUGAGCUUUCUCCAGGUCAAUGUUUAUUCAGCUUAGAGCAAUUUCUUUCCAAGGCCUCCUCUGGCCAAAUUUCCCGUCAGCUCCACCAGCUCCCCCACACGCGCAGGUGCUCCUUUGUAACUGCGGAAGGGGAAAGGUCCGCUUUAGCCCAGCGAGGGGAAAAAAAAGGGAUGGGAAAAUAGAAAACUCUAUUUCUAUUUCGUGUAGGGAUAACACGAGACAGAAGAGGGAGAGCAGGCAAGGGCAGAGUGGGGAACAGCAGUAAAGGACAAGGAGCGGGGUAAAAGGGACUUACAGAUGGAGCGUAGUGGGGGUGGGGGUCCUCCUGUAACCCCUAGGUACUGGCAGGCGAACGGAUGUACGGAGCACUGGGGCAAGGGAGAGAGCAAGGCUAUAUGCAGAAAGAGCAGCGAGAUCGUAUCUUUGUGGAAGAAUGGGGGGGUCGUCUUCAGUGCGAGGUUUGUGGGUGACUGGGGGCAGGGAAUUCGGGCCGUCACCUCCACUCAGCCCGAGGUUCAGGGCGCAGAACCCGGGCUUCAGCCACCCGCUGGCGAACCGCGGAGGGGCGGGGAAAGAACAUUCGACGCCUGCGAUUGGCCGCCGCUCCACGGCCGCUGACGCGAGCGGGCGGGCCCCUUUGUGACGUCACAAUCAGCUGUUGGAGCGUUCGGAUUUGUGCCGUGAGCCCCGGCGCAGCGGCCGCAGCAGCUCCGGGCGUCCGACUGAGAGCCCUGCCGUCUCCCGGCCAGUCCCGGGUAUGCGGUUCCGGCUGUGAGCACCGGCGCCCCGGGGACGCCCGGCCGCACAACUACCUCAGCGCACCGGUUGCCGGAGCCGCCCCAGAACCCAAUAAAUUGCUGUCUCCCAGCUGUUUUGACCACAGAAAGGUGAGUCACUAGUUGCCUGCCUCCAGCUGUCUCCGGGGCAGAUGUUGUUGAGAAGGACUUGGGAGUUCCCUUGGCCUCUCAUCACCUUGUCAGAUCCCAAGCUGUCAGCUGGGAGGACCCAGACCUUCCCUAGUGCCGUGACUGCAGAGCUUCUGCCAGCUCCCGAGUCUGCUUCCAGAGGAGCAGAGAGAAUGCGUCUCACUUUCCAAGUUUUUGCACUGCCAUAGGGCGCCCCCUUGAGGUUGCUUUACCCGCUGACCAUGUUCCAGCGCUUUACCAGCCUUUUCUUCAGCACUCCUUCGCCUGCUGAAGACUCCAACUGUCCCGGGGCCUUCGUCUCAGAGGAGGAUGAAGUGGAUGGCUGGCUCAUCAUUGACCUGCAGGACAACUACACAGCUUCCCCAAAUCCUGGGGCCUCUCCUGCUCCCGCAGGCCGCCCUCCACCCGCACCCUCCUUGAUGGACGAGAGCUGGUUUGUUACCCCUCCCGCCUGUUUUACUGCAGAGGGGCCCGGUCUUGGGCCGGCCCGCCUCCAGAGCAACCCCCUGGAGGACCUCCUCAUUGAGCAUCCCAGCAUGUCCGUUUAUGUCACCGGCAGCACCAUAGUGCUGGAGUCUGGGCCACCUUCCCCUCACCCUGACACUGCCUUGCCUGAUCAGGACCUCAGCGAUGGAGAGUUGGCGCCUGCCCACCAGGAGCCCAGGGCCCUGCACCACGCAGCUGCUGCUAUGCCCGGGCGAGCUGUGCUGCUGGAAAAGGCCGGCCAGGUGCGGAGGCUGCAGAGGGCCCGGCAGCGGGCAGAGCGCCACGCCUUGAAUGCUAAAGUGCUACAGCGGCAGAACCGCGCUCGGGAGAGUCGCUCGCGCCGGCCCAAGCACCAGGGCAGCUUCAUUUACCAGCCGUGCCAGCGCCAGUUCAACUACUGAGCGCCCUUGCUGCACCCUCGAAUCCCGCGCAGUCUCCCGGUCCCAUCUGCCUCUUUGGCAGCAGCCAGUGUGCUGCUCAAGGGGUGUCCAGGGUCCGCCUGCCUCCAUCUGGAUACCAGAAGCUCCCUCCUUCCUAAGUGUUUGAGGUGGGAUGAUGGCCCUCUACUCCCUGACUUCUCAGUUUCUGAACUAAUUCACCUUCUAGCCUCUUUCAUCCCGGGUCACUCUCCCCAUCUGUUUCGGAUUCUUCAUGGUCACACUCCCACUCCCACUCUGCCAUGCUUCCUUUUCAGACCCCUGUGCUCGUCUCUCCCCGCUUCACUUUUGUUCUCCUAGCCCACCCGAUUUCUAAGAGCCUCUCCCACCGUGACCUGGCGCAUUCUCCACUUUGAGCUCCUCCUUUUCUAAGACUUGCUCUUUUCCCUUAGGAAUUGCUCCCACUCCUGUUCCGUUUCUUUCCUGUCAAUUCCCUCCCAAUCCUGACCAGGUACAACCUGCCAGGCCUGGGCCAUUGUUCUUACCCUGUAGGCAGGUGUCAGACACAGGGUUUUCAUUUUAGUUCCCCCCCUCCCCCUCCAUUGCCCUGGGGGCUGAACUCCUUGGAGCUGCUUAGGCUGGAAAGUUAAAGUAUGUGGAGGAGGACAGUGAGUUGUAAGUUAGAUAAGGUGAAGGGAAUGGAGGGAAACAGGCAGCCUAUUGGGAGGUGCAGACAGGGACAAGGGACAGAUGGGAGGAGAAACAGUAGCCAGCAGGGCAUCGUGAGAGCAGGCAUUGUGCUUGGUCAGAGGAGCUAAGCCCUGGUGUUAGCCUUGAGCCUGGAGCCUGCCCCCACUUCCUUUUCCUAUAUUCCUGAAAUCUGUCCUCAGGAGCCCUUCCCUCCCCACCUCCCAGUGAGUCUGGAGUUCGAAGGGCUUGUACCUUGUCACCUUACCUUGACAUGCCACCCCAGGAGUAGAAGCUGGGCAAGGCCCCCACAUCCUGGCCAUCUUUGUUCAUAUGCCCAAGGUGCUAGAAUUAGCUUAGGAGAGACACAGGCCAGAGGGCUUCCAGGCAGGGAAAAGGGUACAUAUCCCAAGAAUGCAGAGGGAUGAUGCUGAAGGACAGUAACUUUGGGGUAAAGCCAUCCCCAGACUGACAGCUCUGCCUUCAUCUUGCCUCUGACCUUACAUUUCAUACUUUGCUCAAUAUGGCUGGCUAAUAAACACUCCUGGGUAGGAGGCCAGGAGCCUCACUGUUCCAGUUCCCAAAUUUUUCUUACAGAAGUUCAGGGCCUUCAGGAGGCUUCUUAAUGUUCUUCCUCAGGGCUCUUCCUUUCUGGGUGCCCUGUGGUCUCUCUUCCCUUUCUAGUUAACUAUCUGGAAUUAAGGAAUUCUUGGGUAGAGCACAGGGAUGGGGUAGCCAGCUUCUCCCUUCUUGUGGUGGGGCUCAGACACCAGCAACAGCCUCUUGGGAUGCCCCCAAGUUGUUUCCGAUUCUUUCUAGCUGUCCUUUUUAAAGUGUGUGCUCUUCCUUCCUCAAAACUUUUAGAUUUCCUGUUACAUAUUAACACAGGUCUUCCCUUUCGCUUCAGCUCCAGGUUUCCGGGCCUCAAACCCAAACUGGGGCUGGAGAAAACUGCAUUCCUACGAGGGUAAAAGUAGAUGCCCUCUCUGAUGCUUUCUCACCAGGCUUCAUGUGGGGAUGGGAGAGGGUGUCCCCAGGAUGGGGACAGAGGAAGCCCUGCUAGGGUUUCCUAGCUCAAGGAUAAGCCAAACGCAAACUAAACGCAGAUCAAAACCUCACAGCAGCUUAUUAGGGCCCUAGUAGUUGAUAACUUUGUUCCCGUCCCAAGUCCUUUACAACCUAGUACACUUACUCUACCCACUACCCGAAGGUCACUUCCCAGCCAGCUUAGGAUCGUCAGCACUUCCAAGAGCUGAGACUCCCUCCAGCCCUUCUCAUUUAUUCCUCACUGCCAGAUGGGGCCUAGGCUCAGUCCUGGGCAAGUGCCCAUGAUCCUGCUGCUGUGGGAAGUUUGAUAGGGCAUUUGGCUCAACUUUCAAAAGGCCUCGCCUCUGCCCUGUAUUUCUAGAUGCUCCUGUAGUUCUAGAACCCUCCAAUCUCUCAUUUGACUGGUUGCAAGGCUUAUUUUUCUUUUGUAUUUUCCUAUAGAUUCUGUAGCAUUUGUGUGGCAAUAUUUUAAUUGUGUAUAGAUUUCUUAAGAACCAACACUACUCAGUCUCCUGCUCGUCUGCCUCCUGAAGCAUCAGACCUUGUCAUACUGUAUUGACUGUGUAUGUGCCUUUCACCUUGAGCAUGCUUCAGGAUUUUUUUCUUCUUAAACCACAGAACUUGAAUACACAAGGGAACCAGAAUUCACAAAGUCCUAUGCAACCCUAGACAGGAGGAGGUUAGAGAGUCUGUCUUGACUGAUGAUUUCAGAGACCCUACAGAAAUUGUACCAGUUUGUAUUAAUGUCAAUACUACCAGCACUUUGCCAAAACUAAGGAUGUCAGAGGGACCUGUUUCUAGAGUGAGUCCCGAUUACAUCAAAGGGCAACUUCCAGCUUUCUCCAAUAAGUCUGAGUGGUUCUCUUGAGCUGGUGUCACUUUCUAACCUUUGCCAGUCUAGCCCCAGCAGGGCACUGUGUGUGUGUGAGUGCAGUUUGGUGCUGUUUUGGAGUAUGCCUGCUCCCCAGCCUGGAACCCUCUGAUCAACUUGCUGUGACCUAUAAUGUCUUAGGUGCAACAAGGACCCUACCAGAGCUCCUGGGUGGCUUUCAAGAUCCAUGUAGCUUUGUGUGAGGGGACUGAAUGCAGACAAACCACAGCCUGCUCUAAUACCUUCUUACCCUACCACCUAGUUCCAAAUGGAACCAAGUUGAGUGCAUCUCUGUUGGGUGUUUUGUGUUGAGACUGGCUGAAAUGAAAAAUCUUUGACUGACCAUGUUGUGAUGUGUCGACAGACUCAAGAACACAACCACCUCGACUUGGUCAUGUGGCAUGCCUGUGUAUGUGUGUAACAGGAUUCUGAAUGUUAGAUUAUAAUGCUAUUCCUGUAUGGGAGAAAAAAUAAUAUAAACAAAUAAAAAUCUAUUUAAAGCA